CUCAGUUGGCAGUUGAGUAAACAGUUCAAUUCUCUUGCUUCGAGAGUAAGUUCGCUUGGUUCUUUGUCGGCCGCUCAGAAGGACGCUGAGGUCGCGAUCACCGCAAGCAGUCCACUCUUAAGGUGAAGAGAACAAGAGAAUCCAGGCUACUAUCCAUCCUUCCCUUUUCUCGUAUUUCUUAUAUACUCCAUCAUGCCCAGUCGCUCAGAAGUCGCCUAUUUCGGCGCGGGCCCUGCCCCUCUACCGACUGCAGCCAUUGAAAAGAGCGCUCAAGCAUUCGUCAACUUUGAAGAUACUGGUUUGUCUUUGGCUGAGAUCUCGCAUCGCUCGCCGACCGCAAACAAGAUCCUUUCCGACGCCAAAGAUGCGCUGGCAAAUUUGUACGACAUUCCUAUGGACGAAUAUGACAUUCUAUUCAUGGAAGCCGGAGGCACUGGCGAGUUUAGCGCCGUUGUUCAGAACUUGAUAGGCCACUGGAUCGAAAAGCGUCGCAGACAGGCCAUCGCCGAGCUGGGCGAGGGGAAGGAUGCAGAAGUCUUGGAACGAGUGAAAAGAGAGGUCCAGACCGAGCUGAAGGUCGAUUACCUCGUCACUGGUUCAUGGUCCCUGAAGGCUAGCCAGGAGGCCACGAGGCUACUGGGCGGUCAAUAUGUCAACGUUGCUGUGGAUGCUAGGAAGAGCAACAACGGCAAAUUUGGAAAGAUUCCAGACGAAAAGGAGUGGAAACUGACUUUCAAGGGGAGCGCGUACACAUACUACUGCGACAAUGAGACUGUGGACGGUGUCGAGUUUCCUACCUUCCCUCAAACGCUGGAGAGCAAGGGCGGAAGCGAACAUGACGAAAGGAUUGUGGUGGCCGACAUGUCGAGCAACUUCCUCAGCCGGAAAAUCGAUGUUAGAAAGUUCGGCGUCAUUUUUGGUGGUGCUCAAAAGAAUCUCGGCAUUGCUGGGAUCACGGUCGUCAUCAUCCGCAAGUCUCUUCUCGACCUGGUGCCGCCUCCAGCUUUUCUCCACGCUUUGUCGCCAGUGAUCCCGGCCUCUGGCACUCUCCCACCGAUCAUCUUCUCCUUUCCCGUCAUUGCUUCCAAUAACAGUCUCUACAACACGCUCCCCAUCUUCAACCUAUACGUUGCCACGGUCGUGCUGCAAAUGCUCGUCUCUACCUUUGGGCCCCGAAAGGUUUCUGGCCAGGAGGAGAUCGCAAACAAGAAAGCUGCACUCAUCUAUAACGCGCUGGACGCUCAUCCAGAUACUUAUUAUGUCGUGCCGGACAAGAGCGUGCGGAGCCGAAUGAACAUAUGCUUCCGGAUCAUUUCGGGCCAAAAGGCUGGUGACCAAGUGGUGCCUGAUGAGGCCAAAGAAAAGGCCUUCCUGGCAGGAGCAGAGAAGAGAGGUCUACUCGGUCUCAAGGGUCAUCGCUCUGUUGGUGGAAUGCGGGCAAGCAAUUACAAUGCUGUCUCACUGGAAAGUGCUCAGAAGUUGGCGGAUUACCUGGUUGAAUUUGCUCGGUCAUGAUUUCACCACUUCUAGGUAUUACACCUGGAUUGCAUACCGUAUGUUGAACAGAUGAUGGAUUGGCUGCUCAACUUAAAAAAGUCCCAAUGAAAGAAAUUUAGACAAGAUAAUCAACUAUUUCUGGACCUAAAACAUCGCUACCCGCUUAUAAUAAAUAGUACGUGCCGUACCACGGAAUCAGACAUCUUCACGUGCACGUGCCCGCCGUGCCGUUUCCUGCCUGUA